AUGGCUAGCAAGUCAAGAACAGCCGCUACAUCGUCGAAGUCUAAACGGGGCGGCGCCACCACAGGCACUGCAGACAAGCGGCGCAGGCGCAAGCUCGAGCGCAACCGCGCCGCUGCCUCCAAGUGCCGUCAGCGCAAGAAGGAGUGGCAGGACGGCCUCGAGCGCAAGAAGAUCGCGCUCGAGACUACAUAUAAGGCCCUACGCAGCGAGACGAAAGACCUCAUGGAGGAGGUGGCCCAGCUCAAGCACCUUGUCAUGGGCCACGCCGCCUGCGGCGACGCCAACAUUGACAAUUGGAUCCGUAAUGAGGCGGGCAACUUUGUGCGCCGCAUGAGCGGUAAGCAGAAUGCACCCGUGGUGUCGGCAUCCCCUGUGUCGGCAGUAGCAAAGUCUAUUACCAAGAUGCGGUCUCCGACACAGGGUCAGCUGACGACGACGCCCGUCAUGACCGACACCUUGAAUAAUAUGCUUGCACCUAUUGCUUCCGAAGCGCCAUUCAACACGACCGCCAACAAUGGCCUACUACCCAGUGCCAAACAUCUCAUCAACCAAGAAAUUGACACUUUAAAUCCAUAUUUGAUGCUGGAAUCGUCGAUGCAGACACGAUUAGAUGGCAUAUUUUCCUAA